GUUAUUAUGCACUUUCAUGUGACUUGAAUAUAAUACGUAAUAUACAACAAACAACGUUUAAUUCUAAUUUUAUUUACUUUUCUUUACUUUACUUUAUUUUUUUUCUCCUUCUUCAUUAUUCUUUAACAAUAUGCUUGAUAAAUUCCCAAGGGAUAUUUUGCUUUCUGAUAUCAUUCCUUUUCUUGAUAGCGAAUCAAUUAUUCAAUUGUCAACAGUAUCAAAGUAUUUUUAUCUUUUCUUGGCUAAUGAUGAAUUUAUUUGGAAGAAAUUAUGCAUAGAAGAGUUCAAUAUUCCACAAGAUAAUGCUUAUCGAAUAAGCGGCUGGAAAAGGUUCUUUAAGGCCCUUAAAUAUCAUGCUAAAGUGUAUACGUGGGGUGAGAACCGCGAUCAACGUUUAGGUUUAGAUCAAACAAAUACAUCAUUUUUGCAACAAGAUAUGAAUAUGUUUCGACCUGUAUUAAGACAUCCUCGAUUAAGAGGGUAUUCAAGUGAAGUUACAAUCCCACAGGAAGUCACAAGUUUACGAAACAAGUCUAUUAUCGACAUAACAUCUGGAGGCUGGUCAUUUCAUGCGCUAGAUACAUCUGGGUUUGUUUGGAUGUGGGGCACAAUACAACAAGGAAUUACAUCGCGUCAAAGGUUCCCUGUCUUGCUACAAACGGGCAAUGAAAUACAACCUAAAAUUCGGUUUAAAAGCAUUUCUAGUGGACGAGAUCAUGUAAUUGGUUUGGCUAAAGAUGGCACCAUUUGGCAUUGGAGUAAUCAUAUUAUGCUGCAACGUGUUCAGCUUGAUAUAGAUGCUGAAGUUGUGCAGGUGGCAGCAAAUUGGAAUUAUUCUAGUGUCUUGACUGAUAAUGGGUUUAUUUAUAUAAUACCUAAGCCUGAUCAGAUUGCUCCUUCUCAAAUGAAUCAGGAGCCUCAUCCAACUCAAAUUACAUUAGCUGGUAUUUCUACGGCUCAACUCAGGUUAAAUGAUGAUGGCAAUGAUGAUAAAAUUGUUCAAAUCGCUGGUUUAGAUGGGUUUACUUUAGCAUUAACUCGAUUUGGACGUGUGUUAAAAUUAAAUACGUUAGAUCCAAUAGCUUUUAGUCAGUCACCUUUAGAGCAUGUUACAGAGCUUGUUCAUUUUAGUAGUACUCAAAAUGAAUAUAAUGAUCGACAUGGAUAUAUGAAACGAUUUAUAACAGGUGCAUUCAAUAAUUUUGCAGUUUAUACUAAAGAUCAAGUUAUGCUUGGGAAUAUUCAUGCAACAAAAGAAACAAUUCCGAAUCAAUUAAAAGAAUUAGAAAAUCAGCAAGUCUGCAAAGUAUCUUUUGGCGAUUAUCAUUAUGGUGCAAUCACCAAUCAAGGUAAAUUAUUCACUUGGGGCAAAUAUAGUUCUGGUGCUUUAGGACAUGGUGGUAUUUCAAAAGAGGAUCAUCCCAAGCCUCAACUAGUUGAAAGUUUAAGUGACAAAUUUGUUUUUGCAAUUGGGUUUGGUGGCUGGCAAAGUUCAGUAUUAGCCAUUAAUUUAAAUGACAUGAAUGCGGAAUAAAAAAAUAAAAAUAAAAAUAAAUACAAAGGGUUUAUUGUAAGAGUUUUCGCUUUUUUGUCUCUUUCCUUUUUCCUUUAU